ACUCAGCUUCUUAAGUGCUUUACUGAUGCUUCUGUUACUGUAGUCGAACUGUGGCGAACUUUCUGUGCCACUAGGUUUGUUUCAGCUCUCGUUAGUUGAGAAUAACUACCAGUAUUACUACCAGUUCUCAGUUAGAGCUGCUGCUCCCUAGAGUUCUGCUUUGUGUCGGUUAGUGUUGGUACAAGAGAGAACAUGUCCAGGAAAAGACAGGUUCGCCAGAAGCUGAAUUUCGGUGCCAGUGAUGGACAGGACAUCAGUGGAACUGGAGCAGAGAUGGAAUUAGGCAAACACUGUAUCUGUAUGCCACAUAACACAAACCAAGACGGUUUGUACAACAGUUCAAAACAUGGACAUUGUAAAAGUACUCGUGACCAGAGAGACUCUGAAGAACCGAAUCCAUCACCUGUUACCACCAGAGAAACUUCUCGAAUACUGCACUGCCCAGACUCCAUCAGACGCACAAGAAAACAUCAACCAGACCAUGCCAGGUUCAUCCAGACUAAGAGAUAUUGCAGUGAGAAAAUAAGAGAACGUCUUCAUUCAUCUGCCACUCCACAAGUGCUGCUAGGGAGACGGGCGACCUUCAUCAAUAUAAACCCUUUUUCCCCUGACACACAGCUCAUCCACACACUGACUGCACAAAAGAACAGAAAGCGAGUCCACAAUCAGGACCUUAAUAAUGACUCGAGUGAUCCUGAAUUUGAAGAGACGCUUAUUCCUCCAGUAAAGAGAAAGACUUUUGUGGGGGCUCACAAUUCCCGCUAUGCAUCUGAAUUCUAUGAACUGGAGAAGAUUGGCUCUGGAAAGUUUGGGGCUGUUUUCAAGUGUGUGAACAGACUUGAUGGAUGCAUUUAUGCAGUCAAGCGCUCCACAAGGCCUUUGGCAGGUUCUGUGGAUGAGCAAAAUGCUUUACGUGAGGUGUAUGCUCAUGCGGUGUUGGGACAGCACCCUCAUGUGGUGAGGUAUUACUCUGCAUGGUCAGAAGAUGAGCACAUGUUGAUCCAGAAUGAGUACUGCAAUGGUGGCACGCUUUUGGAUCUUAUCAUGGACCAUCAGAAGAAGUUAAAGCACCUCUCUGAAGUUAGGCUUAAGGAUUUGUUGCUUCAGGUUUCCCGGGGUUUAAAGUUCUUCCACUUAGCUUCCCUGGCUCAUAUGGACAUCAAACCAAGCAAUAUAUUUAUUUCUCGAAGAACAGUAGUUGAUGACACACACAAGCAACAAAUCGAUGCAGAUGUUGUAUACAAAAUAGGAGGUCUUGGCCGUGUGUGUCAUGUGAGCAAUCCAAAAGUGGAGAAAGGUGACAGCAGAUUUUUGUCAAAUGAGGUUCUGCAAGAGGAUUACAGGAAUUUACCUCAAGCAGAUGUUUUUGCCCUGGCACUCACUGUGAUAAGUGCUUCUGGGGUGGGAGCUUUUCCAAAGAAUGGAGAGAAAUGGCACAAAAUCCGCCAAGGACAACUUACACACAUGACUCAAGUGCUGUCAGGAGAAUUUGUACAACUUUUAAAGCUGAUGAUUCAUCCAGACCCAGUAUGCAGACCAACAUCCUCAGCCCUUACAAAACACCCCGUACUUAUCUCUGCAUCCAAACUGAAUACAGACACACUGCGCAAGCAGCUUCAUGCUCAGAAGUUUAGGAACACACUGCUGCUGAAGGAGCUGAUAGAAGUCCAGUCAGUUACAUCAGCUACAGAAAAGAGCAUCUCUUUUAACACCAUGACCUGCACGACUAAAAACAGGUGCAACACAAUGUCUAGACUUGUUGGGAGGAAGAUGAACCGCUCACUCAGCUUAACAAUGUUCUGAUACCUGAUAUCAUGUUUAUACACUGACAUGAUUGGCUGCUGCAGUUAGGGCUUCUGCUGGCUGUUGAUGCCACCUGCAUAGAGACAGGGAAUACUGGAGAUCAGUGUAGGAUUCUCCCUCCAUACACAAAACUGUUCCCUGUUUGAACCCUCUUCGUGCAUGUGAAUAGUAGCGGUUGGCAACAGUGCACGUGUCGGAGGGGGCGUGUUGAUUUUCGUCGGUCAGGAAAUUCCAAAACUGAUAUAACAGUUGGUGUGGUUAAAACAGAUGUGCCAUUGGUUAUUUGUUUUUAUUUUGACCAAACAACCCAAAAGAGCUAACAGUCACUAUAUUUUAACACUGUUGGUAAAGCUUUUGCUAGAAAGUGGCAUAUAUUUAUAACCUGUUUAUAAUAGUUUUGAUUUGAUGGCAAUUAUACUUCUAGCGUAGUAAAACCUGUCCUUUAGAAUGACCAAUGUACAGCAAAGCGUAAUAACAUUUUAAUCAAAUAGCAAAACGUAUCACUGGUAUGGAUGUAUUACAGUAUGUUUAAUAUGUACUGUAUGGUGAGUGAAGUACUCUUUUUAAGAAAACUGCAAAAAUAUAAGCACUUUAACGGUGAUAAAACAAUUCUUGUGAAAUGUAAUGACAUUUAUUUUUAUUGCACCAGCACUGUUAAUGGUGUAAAAUGUUUGUGUAUUUUUAUGAUGUGAAAGCCUUUGAUUUUGAGCAAUAGCACAUGACAU